AUGCACACAACAACAAAGGCAGCAGCAGCAGCAGCAACAGCAGCAGCAGCAGCAAGACCAAGAGCAACAGUGGGAGCUGUAAGGCGAUGCUCUCGACACCUCUCCACUCGCGCUGCUACUGCUGCCUGCCAACCGGCAGAAGCAGCAGCAGCAGCAGAAGCAGCAACAGCAGCAGCACGAAGCGCAGCAAAUGGAGGAGACGUCGAUACACCUGCAGCAGCAGCAGCAGCAGCAGCAGCAGCAAACGAAAUAACCAAAGAAAAGAUUGAAGGCGCAUUCAAUCUUGUUAGGAGUCUAUUGUCACGUCAGCAGCAGCAGCAGCAGCAACCGCAGCAGCAACAGCAGCAGCAGCAGCAACAACAACAGCAGAAUGCAUGCACUGCUGCUCAAGGAGGGCUAGUGGGGGAGGCGGAAGAAAUCCUCCGAAGGCUUUCCUACCCACGACUAGCAGCAGCAGCAGCAACACAGGAUCCACAAGCAGCAGUAGCAGCAGCAGCAGCAGCAGACCAAGCAGGAGGAGCAGCAGCAACAGCAGCAGCAGCAGACCAAGCAGGAGGAGCAGCAGCAACAGCAGCAGCAGCAAGUUGGCAGUACGAGGAAUGCGCGGCAGUUGAUUUGCUGCUGCAGGUUGCUUGCUGCGGACUACCAUCUGCAGCAGCAGGAACUGCAGCAACAUCAGCAGCAGCAGCAACAGCAGCAGCAGCAGCAGCCAGCGGUAGUACUGCGGCUAUACUGAAAGAUGGGGAGGGCAUUGCUACGGUGCUGCUGCUGCUGCAGCAGCUGCUGCAGUCGCGGUGGCUGCCUCACCCGCAGCUGCUGCUGCUACUACAGAAGCAGCUGCCGCUGCUGCUAGUGCGUAUUGAGCAGCAGCAACUCAGGUGUAUAUGCAGCUUCCUCUUGCUGCAGCUGCUAGCGGAGGCACGUGUGGGUUUGCUGCAGCAGCAGCAAUUUGAUUCCCUUGUUGUGCAGCUGCUGCAGCAACUACCUAUCCUUGCCAGCAGCAGCAGCAACAGCAGCAGCAGCAGCAGCGGCAGUUUAAACUACAGCUGGAGAGGGCAUGCAGCAGCACCGCCAGCCCAUACUUUAGCUGCUGCUGCGCUGCAGCUGCUGCUCUGCGAUAGAACAGAGCAGCAGCAGCAGCAGCAGCAGCAGCAAGAGUUGGAGCAGCACGUGCCGCAGUGGCAGAAGCGCGUUAAUGUUUUGCUGCAGCGGCUCCUGCAGCAGCAACACAAGCUGCUGCUGCUGCAGCAAAAGGAGGGUUAUAUGAACAGCAGCAGCAACAGCAACAGCAGCAGCAGCAGCACCAGCGCAGAUAAGGAAUGCUGCCAAUGGACGCAUGCGCUGCUGCAGCUAGCAGCAGGACCUUCGUGGCUGCUGCCUGCAGCAGCAGCAGCAGCAGAAGCAGCAGCAGAAUCAGCAGCAGAAGAUGCUGCUGCAGCAAGAACAACAGAAGCAGCAGCAGCAGCAGGAGAUGCAGCGAUGCAGAAGCAGCUGCAGCAUUUCCGCCGGGCAAUAGAGCAGCAGCAGCAGCAGCAGCAAGCAGCAGCAGCAGGAGCAGCAGCAGGAAGUCCUCAGCAGCACCCGCUCGAUAAGAAACAUCUUGAUGCUAUUGUGUCUGCAUUAAACCUCGAGGACGGCAGCACCUUCACAACGCAAACCCUCAGGUUUGGCCUUAAGGCUCCAUUAACUCUUAAGGGUUGCGGUAUAUGCGUGGAGGUCGCCACAGAGAAGGAUGUUUUUAUUAACCAACCAACCCGUCUAACAGCAAAGAUGGCCUUGCGUCUGUGUUUGCUGCGGCUUCUGCAGCAGCAGCCGCUGCUGCUGCUGCCCCACCACUUUGCUGCCUCACAGACAAGCAGCAAUACUAGCAGCAGCAGCAGCAGCAGCAGCAGCAGAUUGGGGGAGGAGCUGCGGCAGCAAGCAGCAGCAGCAGCAAUGGCUACUAUAGGGACAGACACAAGCUUCCUGCUGCGGCGUGCUUCUUGGCUGCCGCUGCUGCAGCAGCAAUACCCAUCGGUGCAUGCAGCAGCACUGCAGCAGCAGCAAAAGAAUGAGCAGCAGCAGCAGCAACAGCAACUCCUUGAACAGCAACUGCAGCAGCAGCAGCAACUGCAGCAAAAGAAGCUGGAAGAACUGCAGCGGCUGCAGCUGCAGCAACUCCGCGAGAAGCAGAUGCAACACCAGCAGCAGCUGCUGCAGCGGCUGAGGAAGCAGUAA